GUAGUAUUUUCCAAACCCCAAAAAACCACUCUCUCCUCCUCCUCCUUUUCCUUCUUUGUUGCUUCCAUUACCAUACGACUGAAAAGAACAAAGAACAAAGAACAAAACCCCAAACUCCCCAUUGAACUUGCCUUGUUCAAAUACCCUCAAAACCUUGUGUUUGUAUAGUAAUAUAGAACAUUGGGGGGUUGGGUUGGGUUGGGUUUUAAGGCAAGUGAUGCGAUCAGGAACUUGUGUUUCUUCUCAGCAGACCCUCACCCCGGAGGCUGCUUCGGUUCUGAAGCAUUCCCUUUCGCUAGCCGCUCGCCGUGGCCAUUCCCAUGUUACUCCGCUCCAUGUAGCUUCAACUCUUUUAUCCUCCAAACCCUCUACUCUCAGCCUCUUUCGUCGCGCUUGCCUUAAAUCCCAUCCUCCUCAUCCUCUCCAAUCUCGCGCUCUUGAACUUUGUUUCAAUGUCGCUCUCAACCGUCUCCCUACUUCCUCCCCUCCUCUCCUCCAUUCCCCCUCUCUCUCCAACGCUCUCAUCGCCGCUCUCAAACGCGCUCAAGCUCAUCAACGACGCGGUACCUCCCUCGACCACCACCACCACCACCAACAACAACAACUACAACACCCUCUUCUCGCUAUCAAAGUUGAGCUACAACAUCUCGUUAUCUCGAUUCUCGAUGACCCCAGUGUUAGUCGUGUCAUGAGAGAAGCUGGUUUCUCAAGUACUGCUGUUAAAAACAACAUUGAAGAGUAUAAUAACAAUGGUAGUAUUAUUACUAAUACUCAAACAACAACCCCACUUUUUUUCUUUCCUGGUUCUGCCUCUGCCUCUGCCUCUGGGAACGCCAGUAAGUUCGUGUUCGAGGUUUUCUUGGGAAUGAGGAAGAGGAAGAAUGUUGUUUUGGUUGGGGAUUCUAAUGAAAGACUUGUGUUGGAGGUUAUGAACAAGUUCAAAAUGGGGGAAGUGCCUCAAGAAAUGAAAGGAGUUAAGUUUGUGGAAUUUGUUCCAUAUAAUAAUAAUAAUAAUACUAAUGUGUCUGAGUUUUUGAGGAGGAAGUUAGGGGAAAUUUAUGAUAGUGGGAAUUUGGGAGGAGUUGUGCUUUAUGUUGGGGAUUUGAAAUGGAUUGUGGAGAGGGGUAGUAGUAGUAGUAAUUAUGAAGUUGAUAGCUUAAUUGGGGAAAUUGAAAGAUUAUUGGUGGAGGGUUUUCAUUAUAAUGAUCAUAAUAAUAUUAAUAACAAGAUUAAGAUUUGGGUUAUGGGUGUGGCUACUUAUCAAAUUUACAUGAGAUGUCAAAUGAGAUUGCCUUCUCUUGAAACUCAAUGGGAUCUUCAUGCUCUUCCUCUUCCUUCUUCUGGACUUGCCUUAACUCUCCAUUCUUCAAGUGUUUAUGAUUCUUCAAGGCUAAGCUUCUUCUCUCAAUCUAUGGAAACAAAGCCAUUCAUUACCAAAGAAGAACAUGAAAACCUCAAUUGUUGUGAAGAAUGCACUUCAAAUUUCCAUAAUGAACUACAUCAUUUGAAAUCUUUCCACUCCAAACAAGUUCCCUCUUGGCUUCAAUCACAUACAAAGGAGGAGUUGGUGGAACUGAAGAGAAAAUGGAACAAAUUAUGCAGUAGUCUACACAGAGAUGGCGCUGUUCAGACUCAGAGCUUAAUGGGGAAAAGCUUUUCAUAUUCUCCAUCGUAUCCAUGGUGGCCUAAGUCAAAUAUUUCCUUCACAGAUCAUCAUCAUCAUCAUCAAACAUCAAAGCCAUUACACAAUUUUGUUCCUAGAUUCAGAAGACAACAAUCUUGCACAACGAUUGAAUUUGAUUUUGGGAACACAAAAACAGAAGAAGAACAGAGUAGAGAAUUGAGUUUGAAUUCUCUCAAAAACAUGGUGGGGAAAGAAGUGAAAAUCACUCUGGCUUUAGGGAAUUCUCUGUUUUGUGAUUCAUCAGCAGAAUCCAUGGAAAUGGAAAGUGAAAGAAAGAUUGAAAGAGGAGAGAUUUUGAAGGUUUUGGAAGAGAAUGUACCAUGGCAAUCAGAAUUGAUCCCUUGUAUAGCAGAGGCAGUGAUUUCAAUGAAGAAAGAUGAGAAAUUGAUUCAAUGGGUUUUGAUGGAAGGGAAUGAUUUCAUUGGAAAAAGAAAAAUGGGUCUUGUAAUUGCAGAAUUAUUAUUUGGAUCUGUGGAUUUUUUGUUGGAUUUGAAUGUUAAAAGUGAAGAAAUGGGGAUUUCUAAAUGUGAAAUGCUGGAAAAGGCAUUGAAAUUGAACAGAGAGCUUGUGGUUUUUGUUGAAGAUGUGGAAAUGGUGGAUUCCCAGUUGAUGAAAUUUCUUGAAAAUGGAUUUCAGAGUGGGAAAUUUGAAGAAAUGAAAGAAGAAAGCAUUAAAAAAGUGAUAUUCAUUUUAACAAAAGACGAUUCUUCUGGUAAAAUGAUGAACAGAGGUUCUUCUUCUUCGUCGUCGUCUGUGAUCGAAAUGACACUAAAAAUCGAAGAACCCAAAUCUGAUCACAAGCGAAAAGCCGAAUGGGAAUUCGAAAACAAAUCGAAAAACCGAAGAAUCAACAGCAGCCUGGAUCUAAACAUGGAAGCAGAGGAUGAGGAAGAAGAAGAAGAAGAUGAAUCAGGAAAUGGGCAAAUUAUAAGUCCAAUAACAAGUGAUCUAACAGGGGAAACAAAAAUUCCAAAUGGGUUUGUCGAAUCGAUUUCGAAGCGAUUCGUUAUGAAUAAAAAACCAAAGCAAGAAUCAGAAAUAAGAGAAGAAUUGAAGGGGAAAAUGAGAGAGGCAUACAAGGAGAAAUGUAAAUGGGAUAGUAGAUUUAGAGUGGAAGAGGGGGUUAUAGAGGGAAUUUUAGAAGGAUUUGGUUCAUUUUCUAAGAGAAUGUUUGAAAAAUGGGUGAAAGAGAUUUUUCAAACAAGCUUAGAAAAUGGUAGAUAUGGUGGGAAAGGGGAAGGGGGUAUAGAUAUAAAAUUGUGUUUGGAUCAUAAACACAUUUUGGAAGAAGAAGAAGAAGAAGAAGAAGAUGGGUAUAUGGGUUCUUGUCUCCCUAAAAAAAUUAAACUUUCUAUGGAUUGAAAGUGGUCUUUUUGUAAAAUCCUUUGUUUAAAAAAAAAAAAAAAAAAAAAAA